AUGUGUCAAAGAAACAGUCAAUAUGAAGAUAAUAUCGAACAUCUCAAAAUUGGUGAUCCAGUUGAAUAUGAAACAUCGUUUGAUCGCCGUACUGGAAAACCGGUAGCGAUCAAAAUUCGUAAGAUAACAUCGAAUAAUUUUAUGGUAAAAUUGUCAAAAUCGGAACGAUUAACUGGCGUGAUUGCAGCUGAAUUGUCUGAUGAUCGUGUAGGACGUAUAGCAUUUGAUAAUAUGGGCGAAUAUUUCUUUCUGCCAUUCACUCAUGAAGAUGUUCUUGACAAUGUAAAUUUUAAGGUCAACGAUAAAGUGUCGUUUGUGUUGAAUACUGAUGAUAGUGGAAGUUUUGGUGCAACUAGUAUUCAAUUGGAAGCAUCAUCGAUGCCUAAUAAUCAAGGAAUAAUCAGCGCUAUCAAAGAUACGUUUGGUUUUAUUGAACGUUCUGAGUGUGGACUGAAAAUAUUUUUCCAUUCAUCUGAUUGUGAUGAUUUUAAAUCGUUGAUAAUUGGUGAUAUCGUACAAUUUGAUAUCACUACUCGAAAGAACAAAGAAUUGGCCACAAAUGUUACUAAGCAAAUAAAUUUGGAUGAAGAAUUUUCUGAAAAAAUUUAUAGAGGACAAGUGACCAAAUAUAAUAAUCGAUCAAAUCUUACAUCGGGAACUAUUUAUUGUCCAGAAAUGAAAAAAGAUUAUUUUUUCUAUGAUAAAGAUGUUCGAGGCAAUUUCACUAUAAAUUGUUUUGAUUUGGUCACUUUCCAGAUUGCUACCGAUCGACGAACACAUUAUGAACGUGCUGUUAACGUAACUUUUCUUGUCGAAACAUUCACUACAAAUGCCGAAAAUCGUGAACGAGGAUAUGUUGCCAGUUUGAAGGAUACUUACGGGUUUAUCAAAUGUCCAAGUAAAGAAGGUUCCUUAAUCUACUUUAAACACGCCGAAUUAUUAGAUCCAAGCAUUGUGCUUAAAUUAAAUGAUGAAAUUGAAUUUACAUUCAUAACUGAUGCUCAAUUGAAAAAAUGUCAAGCUAUACGAAUCUCCAUACUUCCUAAUGGCACAUUAUUCAAUACAACAACAACAAUCAUCGGAAACAGUGAAUGA